AUGGGUACUGGAGGUGACGCUGCAACAAGAUCUGCUCUUUGCCUCGCCGGCAGGGUUGUGAACGAUGUGCUGAGCUUCUUUGUGUUCUCGAUUCUUGACCUCGUGGACGUCAUCCUCUGCAUCGUCUUCAAGCUCAUAGACUAUGCGGUGGAGGCUGAGUGGAAUCCCUGUUACUGCUCCUCCGCCACGGAUAAGGUCACCAGCAGCGGAAAGAUUCUGGUCUCCGAGAACGGGGGAUCCAAGGUGGUCUGCCUCUUCUCCAGGAAGCUUCAACUCGAGGACAUCUCGGACACCCUCUAUUCCCGCCCUUCCCUCGUCUCGGAGGUAUCUAAGUGCACAGUGAGGGAGCUGCGACGUCUCAAGAUGGAGCGCGCGGCCGGGAUGGUUGCGGUAGCACGGCGCCGGGCUGCCGCUGUCAGAUCGGCGGCGGCGGCGAACGGUAGCACCACCACGACGUUCACGAUAAACUCCACCAUUGUGGAGAUGCUCCAGGGGAAGAUCGGCGGGCAGCAGUCCCUGCCGGUUCCUCGCUGGUCCGACUGCGACUGCGGGACCUGCACCUCUUGGACUUCCUCCGCCAAAGACUCUCUCUUUGUCCGCGCCGAGGGGCCCAAAGGUUUCUAACUGGUACUGCACCUCCACUAGUCGGAGCAGAUUAUAUAAAUCUCGUAUUGGUUUGUGGUUUUGGAUCAGAUCGAGAGGCGAAAGAGGACGUGCUCUUCAUCCACGGGUUCAUCUCUUCAUCACUCUUCUGGACGGAGACGGUGUUCCCCAACUUCUCAGAGGAGGCGAAGUCGCGGUACCGGCUCAUCGCUGUUGACCUGCUAGGGUUUGGCCGGAGCCCGAAGCCCACCGACUCUCUGUACACGCUCCGCGAGCACGUUGAUAUGAUCGAGCGAUCAGUGCUGGAACCCUACAAGGUCAAGCAGUUCCACAUUGUGGCCCAUUCGCUCGGAUGCAUCCUCGCACUCGCUCUCGCCGUCAAGUACCCCGGCGCCGUCAAGUCUCUCACCUUGCUCGCUCCGGUAAGAAGAAGCAGAUUGGUGAUCACCGACAUAUCUGGUGGUUUUUUUAUCUUUUCGAAGCCUGGGAAUCUUAUUUUCUCCAUUUUUUCCAUUCCUUCUCUUUGUUGAUGAUGGCGGAGGUGAUGGAUGCAGCCAUAUUUUCCGGUGCCCAAAGGGGAGCAAGGGACGCAGUUCGUGCUAAGGAAAGUGGCGCCGAGGAGGUUGUGGCCCCCUAUCUCUUUCGGGGCCUCCGUGGCGUGCUGGUACGAGCACAUCAGCCGGAUGGCGUGCGUCGUCCUCUGCAAGAACCACCGAUUGUGGGAGUUCGCCGUCAAGCAGAUCACAAGGAACAGGUGUCGCCUAAACCUCCCAGCACUCACCCAUAAUAGCUAGUGCACCACAAUCAAUGGGUCAUCGUCAUAAAUGUGUUGGGACUGUUGCUGUACUACCACUUCGUCUAUCUUUGACUAUGGUUUUCCACGAUUUAGGUCACAUUGGAUGCCAUCAGAUUUCGCUAUCGUGAGCCUAAUUCCUCGUCAUUGACUUAUAUUGACUUAGUAUCUGCAACUUGUUGACUUGUGGAAGCAACUAGAUAGAGUCUCAGGUCCUCUUUUCUGGUCGAGAUUUCUUGACCUGAACAACCCGGGCCUGCCGCGGCAGGCGCAACUAAUGAUCAUAAAUCCGCCCACCCGCUGGGUUGCCGGGGAGUUUCUGAUCGUUUGGUGUUCGUCGGAUUGAUAUCGCAGGGUCAGGACCUUCCUGAUGGACGGCUUCUUUUGCCAUACUCAUAAUGCCGCGUGGCACACCUUGCACAACAUCAUCUGCGGUAGCGCCGGCAAGAUGGACGGCUACCUUGACGCGGUGCGGAGCCAGCUAAGCUGCGAUGUGACGGUUUUCCACGGGAGAGAUGACGAGCUCCUCCCAGUGGAGUGCAGCCUCGCCGUGCAGUCAAAGAUCCCCCGUGCCCAAGUUAAGGUGAUCGAGAAAAAGGACCACCUCACGAUCGUCGUCGGGCGGCAGAAGGCCUUCGCCGGCGAGCUCGAGGAGAUAUGGGGUAACACGAAGGGUUGA